GCCUGGGCCCUCGCCCUCCCCAGCCGUGUCGGCGCGCGGGCACUCGGGGCCGCCCGGCGUGCGGCGCGCGCGGGCCAUGCACGAGGGCUGGCGCCGGGGCGCCCCCCUCUACGGCGGCGCCCUGCUGUGCGACCUGCCGGGGUCCUUCCGGGACGCCAGCGAGAUCCGGGAGGUGCCCGACCACCAGGAGGUGUGGGUCGACGACGCGUCGGACAGGAGCUUCAUCGUGGAGAUUCUGGAGGGGAAGGCCGAGGUGCCCGACGAGGACGCCGUGGCCUUCUUCCUGGCGGACCUGGCCGCAGCCAACGAGGCGUGCGAGCCUGUGCUGCUGCAGAACCGACCCGCGCUGCUGGAGGAGGAGCUGCCGCUGCUGCCGGCAGAGGCCCGGUGUUUCGUCUCGGCGGCGCGCCAAAGGGGCAGGGCGAGGGGGGCACUUUGA